GCCCCAGUAGACCUCUGUGGAAGGAAAGCCAAGGACCAUAGCGCCCAGUAACAAUGUAAUAUACAUAUUUGGUAACCUAUCUACCAAAAAGACCAACUUUUUUAAUUUUGGGCAAGGUGAAUCAAACCAGUCAUCAUGGUUUUCACUGUGCGCCUUUCCUUGGAGCGCACUUUACGCACAGCAGUUUUGGCACUUGUACUUUACGCGCAGGCCGGUUUUGGAUUCUCAGUCGCGGGGCAGCAGGAAAGCACCUGCGAGGCCAACGGGAGCAUAUACUUCGUAGGGGAAUGGUAUUUUCUGGACUCUGAUCACUGCACCCAGUGUGAAUGCACCACUGAGGGCUCCGCAUGUUCCCGCACAGAGUGCACCUCCCUCCCUGCUGCGUGCAUCCAUGUCAGCCACUACCCCACCGACUGCUGCCCCAGGUGCGAGAAGAUCGGGUGUGAGUACCGAGGAGUGGUGUACGAACUGGGGCAGAACUUCCAGCCAUCAGAAUGUGAGCAGUGUACUUGUGACAGUGAUGGCAUCGCCCGCUGUCUAGUUGCGGAUUGUGCCCCUCCACCAUGCGUCAACCCCAUCUACCAGCCUGGGAAAUGCUGCCCUGAAUGCAGGGAGGGUCCUAACUGCUACGUCGAUGCAUCACGCAGCCGGGUGAUUCCUGCAGGAGAGCCCAUCUGGGUCGACUCCUGCACCAAAUGUCGUUGUCACGACGGUCAAGACGCCGGCUACUGGGAGGGAAACCGUCUCGCCACCUGUUCCCGCCUCAAAAAUUGUACGCCUGAACAACCAUCCACCAAGAAAAACUGAUUCCCUCCGUCAGCAGAGAACCAGCUGUUAUCCUAAAAUAUACAACCCCUGGUGGCUGAUCAACUUUACUCCUUCCAUCUCUAAGAACAUGCUAAAACCUCCUGUGCAGCUGAGAGUGGAUCAUUUGAAAGUUUUUUGGGGAAACAGGACUGAACAAGAACCAAAUAGAGCUGCCUUCCACAAAAUAAAUGUAUCCAAGGUUUUGCAAUACUGAUGAAACUUACUGAAUUUGUCACUUUGUUGGAAAAGGCUGGCCCACUAUCAGGCCUUGGCUGCAUCUUACAAACACGUUCUAAAUUCAAGGGUACAGACCGCUCAAAGCUCCGAGUUUUCUGCAUGUCAGUGGGUUUUGGCAAUUUUAUUAUUAUCCAAAGUUUUGGUUCUGUCACGUAGAAACCCUCUGAGUCAAUGAGGCCUUCAUUCAUUUAGUUUAAAUCGUGAUCCAUGGCGCAUAUUCCUAAAUCAAAUUGUGUUUCAUCAAAUUGACACUGACUGACUUGACACCUUUCGGCCAGGUCAGAAUGCAUAGUGGGUGGUUGGUGGAAGAUCCAUACAUCCCCUAAUACCUUAAUCCAGCUUUACUUAUAUGUAAAGAAGACUGGAUAAGACUUAAUCCUUCUAUAGAUGAGAAGAUGAAUUGUAGUCCUUGAAAACCACUGAAAACAUUGACAUGUAGGAAAACUGUAAUAAAACUCCAUUUAAUAAUAUGGACUACGGUGAUGUAAGUAUAAGAUGUUUGAUUAGCAGGGCCUCAAUCCCUAAGCAUACUGUGAUGUCAGAACUCCUAUGAAAUCAUAGUCAAACAAAUCUGACAGGAACUAAAACAAACCAACCUCACCCCUGAAAGGUGACCACACUGCAGAUAUUUACCCUUUUAUAUUUUAUCUGCCUGUCCACGGUUUCUUAAAAAAAUAUUUUAAAAGACAGAGACUAUAGCUUUUAUAGAAGCUAGUUACCCAGGAGGGAUAUUUUUUAAUUUCCAGACACCUGCUUUGGGAAACAACUGGCAACAUAAUAAAGCCAAUGAGAUUAUUGGAUGAUAACGAAUUGUAAUUGACCUGUCACGGGUUGAUGCACCAGCCAAAUGUAUGCACAGCUGUGAUUCAAUUUCAACUCGGAAAUGGCCUAGUGAAGCAAUUAACAAUUUAUAACUGUUGUGGAAAUUCUGCAGUUCAAUAUGCAGGCUAAUUAAAAUAUAACGUAUUAGACUAUGGUUUAACAUUUGACUGUACAGUAGUUGUAGACAAGAGCGAUAUUUGAAAACAGGGUUGUUAUUUGUUCAUGUUCACUGUAGAGUAGGAAAAACAAUCUGUAAUUAACUGCUUUAGUAAUUUUUCACUAGAAAGAAUGUGUAGCCUUUCUUAGGAACAGCCCUCCUCGUUAUUGCCACUGUUAUCAAAGUGUACAGUUGUCAUCUGUGUUUGAUGAAAAAUAAGUGUAUUGUCAUUUUAUAUGGGCUGAUCUGCAGAAGAUCUUAUAUUUUUUUUUAUAUUGUUUUCAUUAUCUACCACUUUAAUCAUGAGGGACCUUUGAAUGAAAACCAAAAAUAAACUUGUCUCAUUUCAUGUUUAUGUGCUGUGUUGAAGCCUGUAAUGGCAUUUACUUUAAGACUCCCAAGCUGCUGCUGUAUAUCAUUACAACUGACACGUCUCACUGACUUGAUUCUCUCCGAAAAGCUUCUUUAUGAGAGGUUUGGGAUUAAGUUGAAACUUUUAGGGUUAUGAGCACCUUUUAAAUCUCAUUUUAUCAGGAGACUUUAUGAAUAACUAUGCUCUUUUCUGGAGGGGAGUAGUAAUUUAAAAGUAUUCAGAAUAAGAGCUGAAAGAGCUGCCAUAGUUCUGCUCUUAAUUACCAAAUAAACAGAAAGACACAAGGUUUGACAUUUUGUGAAAUAUACUUAUUUGCUUUAUGGCUGAGAGUUAAAUGAUAAGAUGGACUUCACUCUCAUGUCUUUUGGGGAAAUAUGAAGCUACAGCAAGCAGCAGGUUAGCCAUGAAUCAUGAAGUGUGUUAUGCUGCUAAUAUACCCAGCCAUCUUUUUAAAUAUUCC